CUUGCACUUUGUCUCCCCAAAUAACACAUGGACCUUUCAGACACAGUCUUUUCAAAGCUGGAUAAUUCUUCGCCCAGGCUGGAGUUAUGGCAUUGCAUAAAAUUAUGGGCUUUACUUUAAUUCUAACCCAAAUGUGCUUUCUCAUCCCUAUUAUCCAAGCACAGCUUCCAAGUGCCACUAUCUCCGAUCUUUCCUUCAAAAAUAUGGACUUUGCCAUGAACCUUUACAGAAAAAUAUCCAGUUACCAUGACAAGAACAUCUUUUUCUCACCCCUGAGCAUUUCUACCAGUUUCGCUGCUCUCUUAAUGGCUUCUGAUGGCGUCACCCACGAGGAAUUACUCAAGGGUCUCAACCUGGAGCAGCUGGAGAUUGCUAACCAGCCCGAACUUGUCCCAAAACUUUUCCAACUCCUUCACGAGAACAUCACACGGAAUGGAUCGCUGACACUGGAUCAAGCCAUGGCCCUCUUUGUGCACCAGCAAUUUGAGGUGGAAAAGGAAUUUGAAAGCCAGAUCAAGAUGUUCUUCGAUGCGGACAUCAAACCUGUAGACUUUGCAGACACAAAAGCAAGUGUCCGCUUCAUCAACAAUUACGUCAAACAAAAGACUGAAGACAAAGUGAUAGAGCUGAUUUCUAGCCUGGAUGAUAUGACUCAGCUCAUGUUAAUCAACACAAUUUUCUUCCAGGGAGGUUGGCAGAUGCCUUUCAACCCCAAUUUCACUGCGAGCGCCCCCUUCUACAUUAACAACUACAACAUUGUGGAAGUGCCGAUGAUGUUAAGAGAAGAUAAGUUCUACACGAUGGAAGAUAUUCCUCUCGGAGCCAAAGUGCUGAAGCUUCCAUAUAAGGAAGGUGUGUCCAUGCUCAUCCUGCUGCCCAACAAAGGCAUGGACUACACUGUCGUUGAUGAUGAGAUCACUGCCAGCAGGUUCCUCAGAUGGAUCAGUAAGCUGCAGAAAACCAAAAUAGAAGUCGUCAUGCCCAAAUUUAAGAUGGAGCAGUCGUAUUCCCUGCACAAACUUCUACCAGAUAUGGGAAUGGUCAGUGUCUUCAGUAAUUCAGCCAAUUUGACAAAGCUGAGUAAGGAUGGAGGCAUCAAAGUGUCAGAGGUGCUGCACAAGGCUGUGAUUGAGGUGGAUGAGACUGGCACCACUGCAGCUGCCGCCACAACCAUCGGCAUCACUUCGUAUUCCCUACCCAGGACCUUCACCAUCAACAGGCCAUUUUUCUUCUUCAUUUAUCACGAGGACACAAACUGUCUGCUGUUCAUGGGCAGGGUGAUUGACCCGACCAAAAAUUAGCAGUUCAUGAGUGCUUUCAUGUGACAUUAUUGUGUUGAUGUAGACGUCUUAAAGGCUUGAUGGGUUGAAAUGCUUGUUUUGGUCAGGUCUCUAAAAUAUACGUGAUAAAUAUAAUGUAAGACGACAGUUUUUUUGCAAACACACAUACAUACUGACGUGUGCAACUUUUUUUCAUUUCAUGAAGUCUGUUUGUUAUUGAUGAGUAAAUUAAUACAUGACCGUGAGAGAAGUCUUGAAUAUACACAUAAACGGGUUGCCAGUUUGUGAAAAAUCUGUGAAUAAUAAACUAAUAUACUCAAA